ACUGCAAAUAUUUAUUUGUCAGCAACAAAUAUGGCGUCAACAUAAACAUAAACAUAACCAAAAAAGGAAAGUAUAAAAAACAGUCACAUAAUUGUAUAUAAACUUGUGUUCAACGAUAGUUUUUUAAAAAUAUAUAAUAUUCAAUUGUAAAUACAUGAAAUAAAUUGUAAAAAUAUGGAAAACCUACAAGACCUUCUGUUUAAUCAGUGUAUCAAUUAUUUGAAAAAUUCGACCAUCUGGAUUAUACAAUAUUAAUCAAGUUUCUAAAAUAGUUGAAUUUGCUUUGGAACUGAUAAAAACGCCUUAUCCAAGACAAUACAAAAAAAAAAAAUACUGGGAAUCUGAGUUUGUGAAACAACGGAGGAAAGGUUUUUUCGUUGUGAUGUUCCCAAUUUUGUUAAGGGAUGCACGUUUAUUUCUUGACUAUUUCCGAAUGAAACCGACACAAUUUGAAUAUUUGGUUCAGCUGGUUGCACCUUUGAUAAUACGUACCAGAGUGACGAGAUCUCGGACGCCAAUUUCAGUAGACGAGCGCCUUGCACUUACUAUCAAAUAUUUGGCGUCUGGUGAUAGCCAAAAAUCGUUAGCUUUUGAGCAUUCUAUGGGUUUUUCAACGGUAUCUACCAUUAUCUUUGAAACAUGUACAGCAUUAUGGUUAAAAUUGCAGCCAAUCGUUCUUCCAACACCAACAAUAAAUGAUUGGUUGAGAAUUGCCAAAGGUUUCGAGGAUAGAUGGAAUUUUCAUCACUGCAUUGGUGCGAUAGAUGGAAAACAUGUUCAAAUACAGGCUCCUCCAAAUGCUGGGUCUAGGUAUUUCAAUUACAAAGGCUUUCACAGUCUCGUGUUACUAGGCGUCUGUGAUCAUCGAUAUUGUUUCACACUUGUAGAUAUUGGAGCUAAUGGGCGGCAAAGUGAUGGUGGUGUUUUUUUUCGGUCGAAAAUUGGACGUUAUUUCGAAGAAGAAAGUUUAAAAGUUCCACCUCCUUCGAAAAUAGAAAAAACUGAAACAAUACUGCCAUACAUCUUAGUAGGUGAUAAAGCCUUUCCAUUAUCUGACUAUUUACUACGACCUUACACACAACAAAGCAACAUGGAGGAGAAACAGCUCAUAUUUAAUUAUCGUUUGGGUCGUGCACGAAGAGUAAUCGAAAAUACUUUUGGUAUUUUAUGUUCUCGAUGGAGGAUUUUACGUCGCCCUAUCCUCGGCAAAAGAGCAACAAUAAAGGCGAUAAUAAAAGCAACAGUUUGUCUCCAUAAUUUUUUGAUGAUCAACAAAGACAAUAACUCAAACUGUGAUUCAACAAUCAAUCAAGUUUCAACAAAUGAAGGAGCUAUCCAACAUUAUGUUGGUAGUGAAGAUUCAUCGUUAAAUAUGAACCCACUUAGUGAGAUACCUCUUUGUUCUAGCGCAGAGCGACUACGAGAUCAAUUUGCAGAGUUUUUUCAAGAAGAAGGUGCUGUCCAGUGGCAAUUCCGUCAUAUAUAUUUGUAA